AUGUGCUGGACAAGCUCCUCUACACCCCCACCUCCUUCCACAGAAAUCGAUUCCAUCCUAGCAGUGACCCACGGCUUCCUCGCAGCGCUCAACACGAAAUCGCGUCUCGAAUUCGAGAAACACUGCAUUCGUGCCGGGGCCAUGUCCCUCUCCCCACCAUCACCUACACCUCUACGAUUCUGCACCAUCGGCUCCUUCAUUGAGUACAUCGCCACGCUACAGAGUGAUAUCCAGGAGCGGAUCUGGGAUCCAGAGGUAAAGGUACAAGAGGGAGGCAAUCUUGCUGCUGUUUGGGCAUCUUUUCGGGCGAAGGUUAAUGGGGUUGUGAAUCAUGUGGGUGUAGAGAUUUUUAUUUUGCAUAAGAUUCAGGGAGAGUGGAAGGUCACAGGGUUGGCGGAUUCGUGUAGAAGGCCUACUGAGGAGGAGAUGGGUAUGGAAUGA